AUGAGCCCUGCCCCGGAACCUCCGCAGACGAAGAAACGCGAAUCGCGUGCUGGAGCACGGAAAGUGACGUCGCUCUCUGCCGAGCAACUAGAAAGGAAGCGUGCCAAUGACCGUGAGGCUCAAAGAACCAUUCGUCAGCGGACAAAGGAGCAUAUCGAGCGUCUAGAGCAUCAGGUGGCUGAGCUGAAAAUCAAAGGAGACCGGUUCGACGAGAUAGUCCGACGAAAUACUGCAAUGGAGAUGGAGAUUCGUUCCCUAAGACACCAAUUAGCCCUGGCCACAGGCAGACAGGGUCAUUCAAGCCUGGGUGAAUGGCUCAUACAGCACCCCCUCCGGGUCCAUGCUACCUUCACCUCAUCUCCCGGACUCCUUGAGCUUGAAUCCAGCUUCCAGGGCGGCCUCGGUGCUGUCCACAUCAAGUCGAACAUCCAUUGCUCCCGAGUGGCAACCAUACGGUUCAGCUCGGACAUCUUCCGUAGGGGAACCUUCGGACACAAGCUAUGGGGCUAG